GAUACUUAUCUUUUUGGAAAUCUUUGUGUCAUGAAAACACUUUAUGGACCAUCAAAUCGGCCACAAUUAAAAUAAGAACCCGAGUAUAUCGUAAAACUUUCCCUAAAUAAUAUUUCACCCAUCUGGGUGUCCAGUGGUCGGCUCCGUUGCUAUGCUAGUGUGGACGUUCUCCAGGGUGAUGGAGAAAAAGGCAGCUAGCUCGCCGCUUUUGACCACAUAAAACGUCUCGUUUGGACUCGGCCACCGUUACAAAACCAUGGCCGGGAUAAGACGACCCGCCGGCAAAUAUUCGGGAGUCAACCCGGCCGUCAGUUGCUGCCGCCUGCGUCAGGUCCAGUCUCUGCUCGGUGUCGGUGAUACUUUGACUUCUGACGGGAUCCUGUGCUCACUUGGAAUCGACAGCAGGUACAACGAAGGCUGCGCCGAACUGGCAAAAUAUCUUUUCUACGGACUCUACGGGAGAAGUGCCAGCAUGGUGGAUCAUUCGCUGGAGGGGUGUUCGGAGGAAAUGCUGGACGACGUGAUCCUGGUGAUCAAGGCCGAGUGCGUUCACCUGUACUGCAACCCGCUCAACUUUGCUCACCUUCUCCCUUACGUGUCCCACUGGAGGAACCUGCACCUCUACUGCAUGACCCAAGCCGAGUAUGAAGAUGAAGAGGCGGCGGAGGAGUUCAAAAUCUCAAGUUUUGUCAGCAUGGUGCAGGACUGCCAUCGUAUUGGGGUGCCUUACAGCUCUCUGGGCCACGUCCAAAAGUUUGACAUUUUCACGGUGGAAAAGUGGCCCCUCAUCCAGGCUUUCGCCCUUGAGGGCAUCGGCGGCGGCAGCUUUUUCACCAUGAAAUACAAGUUGUCGGACAUGAGUGAGCGACUGUGGCGUCUUUACAGCAGACUGGACUCCGUGUCGUUAGAGCAGCUACUGGCUGAGGACUUGAGCAGCUUUGAAAGGCAGUGGAGCAACUUCUUCUGCCGCAUGGAACUGGAGAGCCACCUCUCCAUCCUGGAGCUGUCUGAGGCUCAGGCAGGAGAGGCCUUCCGCACAUAUUUUUCCCACGGUCUGAUCUCGAGCAACAUCACAGACAAAAGUGAAGCUCGUCAGCCCUUCGUGUUGUUUGGUGCGCACUCGACCUCCGAGGACUUGGACGACCACUCCUUCAACUUCCCCUCCGAGAGUCACCAAGUGGGCAACGCGGGACCCGGAGGCUGCGUGGCGAGACACAUGAUUUUGCAGUGCGCGUCUCCCCGAGGACCGUUAGCCUGCUCUCGGACCUAUUUCUUCGGAACCACGCACACCCCGGCCGACCUUGAAAUUUCACCCACAGAGAGUCCACACGCAAAGUCCCAGAAGAGAGAAGUCUCGCUGUUGUCGCGCGUGUAUUCGGCGGCGGUUCAAGCGGUUCUCGGAGGGAUGAAAUGCUUCUCCAGCACCUCCAGCGCCACCAAGGCGAAAGACGUGGCAGAGCACACUUUCCUGGCGGAGUUGGACUCGUUGGAUUUAAGCGCGUACCGGAGUAUUCUCAGAUCCAAGUGUGAAUUCACCAUUCAGGCAGCCGACAACCAGGGAAGGUUCCUUCCAUUGACUGAUGCCGCAAGCCGCUUUGUCGUAAAAACGGCUUCCAUGACAGUCCGCGACGUGCCGGACCUGCAGGGCCACGGGGGCAACCUGGGCUCCGUAGUCUUCUCCGAAGCCUUUCUUGAUUCAAGCAUCAGCAUUCAACACAGAGGCGGCGCCGUGUCUGCGGACAGCUGCUACACGGUCCUGACGGCCACCGUGCCUCGCCACGCCUGCUGGAUGACGGAAUCUGACGUCCAGCAGUCAGAGCUGGCCCAGCGACUCGCUAAGGAGGAGGAAAACGCACGUCUGGGACGUGCGCUGACCGACGCCGACGGCGCUUACGUGUUGUCCGGCAGCCCGCUCUCGGCGCCCGAAGACGGGAAGGUGGUCUUCUUCUCCGGCGGGCUCCUGUUUGUCCACUCGCAGUGCGGAAGUAUCAGUCUCCCGCAGGAGCACAUCAGGGCCGUCAGGUUCUACGACCCAGAUCCCGAUGCGGUAGCGUCACUCUUUGUGGACUACAAGAGCUCCCUUCUUCCCCACGUGCCCUUCUCCCUCCACAGCUCGGACCGCUGCCUGGUCUUCGGCCUGCGGCCCAGGUCCAAAAGCUACAAGGGUUUCUAUUCCAAGGUUUUGCCAGCGUGGCAAAGUUCCGAGUGUGGACUCGCUCCGCGCUCGGUGGACCGGGACCAGCUGACAUUCAGCCACAAAAACAUGCACAGCAGGCUGCAGCAGCUGCACGAAGGUCAGGAGCCUCCGGUGGCCAAACGGCGAGGCACCUUGAAAACGUUGCAGGCGCACCUCCCAGAGCGAGAAAUGUUUCUGCAGCACUUCUCCUUGAGCAGCAUCGGAGAGGAGCCCCUACUGUCCGACCACCUGGGGGCGCUCUUCCCCACUGCGGACCUGAGUGCCGCCUCGGAGGACCGGGGAGACGCGGUUGUCAUCAGCGUCAUCAGCGGGCUGCCGGGAAGCCACAAGGAGACGCUUUGCAACUUCCUGGUGCGGCCGAACAAAGAAUAUGGAAGGUGGCUGGUGUACCCUCCCACGCCGGACGCCUGCGACGACGCCUUCUCGGCCUCCCGUCUGCAGGAAUUUCUGUCCCGCGUCUCCGCCGGCCAGAAGACGAGGACGGGAGGGAAGGUCCGCCUGUUGGUGCUCUCACCUGGGCACACGGACGUUCUGGACGUCGUCCAGGCCGUGCUAACGCACCCGGACCCCGUCGUCCGGGCCCGUUUUACCAUCGGCGCCGUCACCGCCUGCGUGGAUCCGCUCGCCUCCGUCAUGGAGCACAGGUUUGCUUUUCCCAAGCUGCUGGAGCAGUGCAGCCAAGGUAUCGUGAGCGCUGUGGUGUUCACUGGGGCUGCGGCAGAGGAGAAGCACCCCCUCGCGCGGCACGUUCAGCAGGUGGUACGCGCCGCCAACCCCGCCGCCGCAUUCAUGUCGGCGGCCAGAGGGGCCGUCACGAGGAGCGAAGAUGUCAAAGCGAUUUUGUCGGAGAGGAGCUUCAACGCACCUCAGAUGCUGAGAGCGCGCUACGUCCUCUACCCCGGCUGGUGCAACGGGCGCUUCCACUCCGGUUCCGGGUCCUUGGUCCUCUCCCGGCGUCGCGUGGCCUUCGGUCGGCCCCUGGAGAGGUCUCUAUUUGUGGCCCGGUGUAAAGCGCUGAAGACGUCGCUGAAGCCAAACCCCUUCCAAGGAAACGUCUACAAUGUGUGGGGGAAAGUCCGCUUCUCGGACUCGCCGCGGGUGACGGAGGUGAGCUACGGCGCGGCCGGCGGCGACCUCCGCGUCGUCGCCGGGCCCGAGGGCGAAGGUGCCUGCUUCCUGGUCUUCGACGGGGUGGGCCUGACUGAGGAGGCGCUCAAGGACUGGCUCAGGCUGUGCGCCAAGCAGACGCCGACCAAGAAGACUAAAAAGACUGAAACGACGCUUUCGCCUCAAGAAUUGAAGAACAUUCAUAUGAGCCGACGUUCGGAGCCGCCGCCGCCGCCGGGAUUCUUCUACGACGGCCGUCAGUACGUGGAUGCCUUUGGAGAGAAGCGAGACCGCCAUCCCGACAUGGACCAGUUUGCUCAAGAGUACGUGGCCGAGGCCAACAAACGCAUCGAGACGUUCAACAGCCAGCUGGAGUUGCAAGCUGACUUGUUUGAUCCCUGAAGAGAAGUCAUCUAUCGGAAAAGCGGACGUUCAUCAGGUACUUGGAAAACAAACGGGGGUCGCCAGCCGCCGCUUGGAGACCUCCGGGUGACCGGAACGGACGUCCGCCGAAGUGGACCUCGGACUUGACCUGACGACAUUACGGCACAAACACGAUCAAAAGUUUCCUUCGACGUUUAUUGAAAAUGGAACCAAAAAAAAAAAGUCAAAUACAUGAUUGGUAGGAAACAAUGCCGAGCGAGUCGAAAUGUGCGACGCAUUAGAAGGACAAUGAGCUCACUGGUUUCCGGACGUCGAGAUGAGGAGAUGAAAAGGACGCUCGUACGGCCGCUUUUCAAGUACUGUCAAUGCCGAAACUGC